GAAAGUGCUCCCCGGGGCCCUGCGUCGCCGACCCGCCCCUAGUUCUGCUCCUCUCUUCAGGCCCCCGGGCUCUCCUCUUUUCUCCGGCUCCCUCCCGCCCCCUCCUCUCCCGGGCCCUCCUCCGUGCCAGGGCUUCCCGGGUUUGGGGGCCGCAGGCGGGAGGGUCCGAGGAGGAUCAGCUGACCCGCCGCAGCCCAAUCGCGCAGGAAGGAGGCGAGCGCGGAGCCCGAGCGGGAGCGGGAGCUGAGAGUGCGGGCCGCCAGCUGCUGCGGAGGACAGCCGGCUCCAUGGACGAACCGAGCAUCUUGAGGCGCCGGGGGCUGCAGAAGGAGCUCAGCUUGCCACGACGAGGAAGGUCCUGCCGCAGUGGCAACAGGAAGAGCCUGGUGGUGGGGACACCCUCGCCUACCCUCUCCCGACCUCUGUCCCCGCUCUCCGUGCCCACAGCUGGCAGCAGCCCCUUGGACAGUCCCCGGAACUUCUCAGCCAGCACGACUGUGAACUUCCCCUUCGCACGAAGGGCUGAUGGCCGGAGAUGGUCGCUCGCUUCCCUCCCCUCCUCUGGCUAUGGGACCAACACGCCCAGCUCCACUGUUUCGUCCUCCUCGUCCUCCCGAGAACGGCUGCACCAGCUGCCAUACCAGCCAACGCCAGAUGAGCUCCACUUUCUUUCUAAGCACUUUCGCAGCUCGGAGAGCAUCGUGGACGAGGAUGGCGGCCGCCGCUCGCCCUGCAUGCGGCCUCGCUCCCGCAGCCUCAGCCCUGGGCGAACCACAGGAGCCUUUGACAGUGACGUUGUUAUGAUGAACCAUGUCUACAAGGAGCGAUUCCCCAAGGCCACUGCCCAGAUGGAAGAGCGGCUGCAGGACAUCAUCACCACCUUCUCCCCCUCCAACACCCUGGCCCUGGCUGAUGGGGUUCUGAGCUUCAUUCACCACCAGAUAGUGGAGCUGGCUCGCGAUUGCCUGGCCAAGGCUCGGGAGGACCUGGUCACCUCUCGCUACUUCUUGGAGCUUCAGGAAAAGCUGGAGAAGAUGCUGCAAGAUGCCCAUGAACGCUCAGAGAGCCAGGAGGUCACCUUCAUUGGCCAGCUUGUUCGAAAGCUCUUAAUUGUCAUCUCACGCCCAGCCCGACUCUUGGAAUGCCUGGAAUUUGAUCCUGAAGAGUUCUACCACCUCCUAGAAGCAGCGGAAGGACACGCCCGGGUGGGUCAGGGCAUCAAGACAGACAUUCCCCGAUACAUCAUUGGGCAGCUGGGCCUCACCAAGGACCCACUGGAGGAGAUGGAACAGCUGGGUCCUCUGGAUGCUGGUUCCUCAACUGCACCUGAUGCUGGAGACCCAUCAGAGAACCGGUGUCUCACCGUCCCCUCCCGGAGGAAACCCUGUGAGAGCGACUUUGAAACUAUCAAGCUGAUCAGCAACGGGGCAUACGGAGCUGUGUACCUAGUCAGGCACCGGGAGACCCGCCAGCGCUUCGCUAUCAAAAAGAUCAACAAGCAGAACUUAGUGCUCCGGAACCAGAUCCAGCAAGUGUUUGUGGAGCGUGACAUCCUCACCUUUGCCGAGAACCCCUUUGUCGUCAGUAUGUUCUGCUCCUUUGAGACCCGCAGGCACCUCUGCAUGGUCAUGGAGUAUGUGGAAGGUGGGGACUGCGCCACGCUGCUGAAGAAUAUGGGCCCCCUCCCUGUGGACAUGGCCCGGAUGUACUUUGCAGAGACUGUGCUAGCUUUGGAGUAUCUACACAACUAUGGCAUUGUGCACCGGGACCUCAAGCCAGACAACCUCUUAAUCACCUCGCUGGGCCACAUCAAGCUGACGGACUUCGGGCUUUCCAAGAUCGGGCUGAUGAGCAUGACCACAAAUCUGUACGAGGGGCACAUCGAGAAGGACGCCCGGGAGUUUGUGGAUAAGCAAGUCUGCGGGACCCCCGAGUACAUCGCGCCUGAAGUGAUCUUCCGACAAGGCUAUGGGAAGCCAGUGGACUGGUGGGCCAUGGGCGUCAUCCUCUAUGAAUUUCUCGUGGGCUGCGUCCCGUUCUUCGGUGACACCCCAGAGGAGCUCUUCGGUCAGGUCAUCAGCGAUGACAUCAUCUGGCCAGAUGGAGAUGAGGCGCUGCCCGCAGAUGCCCAGGACCUGAUCACAAACCUGCUGAGGCAGAGUCCCAUGGACCGAUUAGGCACCGGUGGUGCCUACGAGGUGAAGCAGCACCCCUUUUUCCACAAUCUCGACUGGACAGGCCUCCUGCGGCAAAAGGCAGAAUUCAUCCCGCAGCUGGAGGCAGAAGAUGACACUAGCUACUUUGACACUCGUUCAGAACGGUACCGCCACCUGGGGUCGGAGGAAGAUGAAACAAAUGACGAGGAGUCCUCUGCCGAAAUCCCUCAGUUCUCUUCCUGCUCGCACCGGUUCAGUAAGGUUUAUAGCAGUUCCGAAUUCCUUGCUGUUCAGUCAAACCUGAGCUUUUCUGAGAGAAGCUACAGUGAGGACAAGGAAGAGAGAUCAGACAGGUGGGAUCGGGGUUCAGGGGAAGAAGAGAAGACCCGCCCUCUGAGCACAGAAGUCAGACUGAGAUCCUGGACGUCCUCCGGCUCCCUGCGGCACUCCUCUUCCUCCUCCUCCCAGCCUGAGCGGAGCCAGAGCCCCUCAGCCCUGAGCACCACCUACAGCCUGGACCCCAUGCCCAAGUUUGCCUUCUCCUCUGAGGAUGAAGGCUCUGGCCAAGGACCUUCAAAACCAGAGAGGCCGAUUUUUGUGUUGGGGGAGCCUGAGGAGCCAGUGAAAGAAACGGCCAAGGCGUCUGCCCUCACAGCCGAUGUCUCAAGCCUCAGCCAGGUCCGAUUACGGAGCAAUAGCACCGGGGCGAAGAACUCUACGCCUCGGGGCCCCGAAGGUGGGGUGAGCCGGCGCCGCAGCGGCCAGAAGGAGACCCCCGAGAAGCAGAAGACGUCCCCUGGGGGGGGCCGGGUGCCCAAAUCGGCCUCGGUCUCUGCCCUCUCCCUCGUCAUCACUUCAGAUGACUGCAGCAGUACGGCCCUCAUGAGUCCCAUCUCCCCCCAUUCGCUCUCUUCCAACCCCUCCUCCCGGGACUCCUCUCCAAGCCGAGACUCCUCCAUUGGCAUCACCAACCUGCGGCCACCCAUCAUCAUCCACAGCUCCGGGAAGAAGUUUGGCUUCAGCCUGAGGGCCAUCCGCGUCUACAUGGGCGACAGCGACGUCUAUACCGUGCACCACGUGGUCUGGAGCGUGGAGGAGGGCAGCCCCGCUCACGAAGCCGGGCUCAGGGCUGGAGACCUCAUCACGCACAUUAAUGGCGAGUCGGUGCUGGGCCUGGUUCACAUGGACGUUGUGGAGCUGCUGCUGAAGAGCAACAACAAGAUCUCCCUUCGAACCACCGCUCUGGAGAACACCUCCAUCAAGGUUGGCCCGGCCCGGAAGCACAGCAACAAAGGCCGGAUGGCCCGCCGGAGCAAGAAGAGCAGGAAGCGGGAGAGUCAGGACAGGAGGAAAUCUCUCUUUAAAAAGAUCUCCAAGCAGUCGACAAUGCUGCACACAAGUCGAAGUUUCUCUUCUGGGCUCCACCACUCCCUGUCUUCCAGUGAGAGCCUUCCUGGCUCUCCCACCCACAGCCUGUCCCCCGGGCCAGCCACCCCGUGCUGCAGCCCUGCUCCCGAUGCCCCGCCAGAUACGGCGUCUCCACAGAGCACUUCACCCUCCUCCAGCACUCCCACCUCCCCAGCAGGCCACAUCCGGCCUAGCUCCCUGCACGGGCUGGCGUCCAAGCUGGGGGCCCCUCGCUAUAAAGUCGGUCGCCGGAAGUCAACAAGCAGCAUCCCUCCAUCCCCGCUGGCCUGUACUCCCUCCCCAGGACCCCAGCCCCCAUCACCACAGAGAUCUCCUUCUCCUUUACCAGGUUACCCGAAAAACCUCUAUGCCUUCCAGGGUAAGACCUUGUCUCCCCCCAUGAUCACCAGGCAGACAUCUCGACCACGCAGUGCCGAGACACCCCGAUCUCCUCUCCUGAAACGAGGGCAGUCUGCCGACAAAAUUGCCCCCUCCUUGGUGGAAAAGAAGCCUCUGGGGGGGCGUAAACUCACACUCGAAAUGCCAGCGGGAGACGGGGACGGCCUCGAGGAGACGUCUGGGGCUGGCAGUGGCAGUCCCGGAGACCACGGCCGGGCCAGCUACCAGGGCACAGCUAGCCGGAGUAGAGACUGGGCUGGGGACCGGCACGAACGGGACCAGGAGGUGGUGGUCAUGCGGCGCCUCAACCUGUCUGAGCGCCGAGACUCCUUCAAAAAACAAGAGGCCGUCCAAGAGGUGAGCUUCGAUGAGCCUGAGCCUCCGGGCUCCUGUGGGCAGGAGGAGCAGGCAGAGCCCAGGGGACAGAAGCCCCCGCCUGUGCCCCAGAUCGCCGUGCAGGGCCUGGAGGGUGAGGUGCACGAGCCGGGCUCGGCUGAGUGGGAGUGUCAGGGCUCCUAUCCACCCCUCCAGCUGCUGGCCAAGGUCUACACCGAGCAAACAGAUGGCACCAAGGCCGUAGAGUACAAGAGCCUCUCGUCCCAGCGGCGGAACAGCCGGGACCUACGGGACUUGAGCUCGGGGCAGCAGCCUCCCAGGGCGGCGGGCCGAGCUCUUCGGGGGCCCCUGCAGGCUGCCAAGUCCCUGCCCAUCCUUCAGCUCUCAGGAGGCCAGGAGCGGGCAGGACCUGACCCUCGAGCUCCCAGAGCAAGUCCCCGAGAUGCGGCAGGUCCAGUGAAGAGGAGGGAUGGGGAACGGCGCUAGGAGGCAUACCUGCAGGAAGAGGCACCCUCCCAGAAGGGCUUCGAGGACCCCCUGCCCCCGCCCAUCCCACCCACUCUGCAUCUGCCUCUCAGAUUUGAGUCAAGUUGAUGCAUGUGUCCUCGUGACAGGGUGCGGGAGAAAGGAAACUCACCACCUUCCGAAAGCCACGAACCUCAGGAAGAGCAAGCCUUUGGGACGUGCCCGUUGGGGGAAAAAAUACAACCACCACCAGAAAACACCAGACCCAGUACAAGGAAACCACGGACUUUAACCAGAACCACCAUGAGUUUUUUCUACAAACUGGAAAGAAGUCUCCUUAUUUUUGUAGCAUGCAGGUGCUGUGAGGGGAGAGGAGGGCUUUCCUCACCUGGUCAGGCACUUUGUAAAUAGCCUCGGAGGCAGAUCCCUACAAUUAAUUUAUUACUUUUAUAAGCUAAGAUGAGACUUGAGCACAGAGCUUCCAUGAAGGCACCUUGACCCCCAUCCGGGAGUGAGGAACAAAACCCUCUGCAUCACUCCUGGCUGGGGGUUUUCUAUUUUGGGGGGGGGGGGUUAACUCUUGCCUCAAGCAGUAGCAUGGUCCCAGUGCCCAGGGGUCCAGCCAGAGCUGGAAGCUGUACGGUCUCCCUCCCACGUCACCCACCUGCCAUGGGUGGGAGGGGGAGGGGCUUCUUUCUGCUGAAGGCAAAAAUCUGCUCCCUCAAGGGUGGAAUGGAGUGGGUAAUGGAGGGUGGACUCAAGGGCUGUCUCACCAGAGGUGUCUGGAUCAGGCUGUGGGAUUCAGAUGCAAUAGAACGAUUCCCUCCUCUCCCCCCCAUGCACAUGCACAUGCACAUGCACGGCAGAAAUGGCUACGAGUACAAAUUUCCCACCACUCUUUGUCACAGACUGUAGCUGCUGAUUGUAGAGCCCUUCUCUCUAGGUCCAGCGACCUUAAAGAAGGGUUCUCUUCUCUCCUUCCUCCCCACCCCAGCACCCAAACAAACCCUGCAUGUUUACUGUAAACCAGCGCUUUGGGAGGAAGAAGGGAGCCCUGCUCCUGAGCCUCUGGGGACACCUUCUGUCAAAACAGAAGUUCUUGUGAGAUGUCAGAGGUGGUAUGUGAUUUCCCUGACUGUUAGUCACUGAAUAAGGUCAGAGCUAGGGGGCCCCUAGAACACAGGAUGGGAGGGCCCUCAACCCAGAAUGUCAGAGCUGGGAGGGCCCUCAGAACUCAGGACGUCAGAGCUGGGAGGGCCCCUGGAACAAAGGAUGCCAGAGCUGGGAAGGCCCCUGGAACACAGGAUGGCAGAGCUGGGAGGGCCCCUGGAACAAAGGACGGCAGAGCUGGGAAGGCCCCUGGAACACAGGAUGGCAGAGCUGAGAGUGUCAGAGGUGAUGUAACUUGCUUGAGGCCACAUAGUAAAUUAGAGGCAGAGCUGGGACUAAAUGUUGACUCCCAGGCCCCAGGGUCUUUUCCUUCUUCCAUCACUGCCCUGUUGCUACCAGCAGCCAGCUGGGAGUUCUCCUAAACUUUGCUUCUCUCCAGCUCCCUCUCCCCUUCCCCUUGGACCCUGUGGGACGUGGGGCUCCUGCUCUUUGUCUCUGGUUUCAAGAGUUUCAGCCCAUGUUUUGAGUGUCUGAACUUCCAAGCAUCCCCUUGUGGAGAAGUGGAGCUAGGUCUGGGAACAUCCAGGAAUGGGUCCUAUAACUUAAUCUUAUAUCGAGAUCCGAGGCGCCGUCCUCUCGAAUGCACCUGGCACACCUUGAGGGACAGUUUUUCCUAACCCAUCUGGUUUGGACUGGAGGGGUCUUUCAAGGCUGGGAUGAGGUGGGGCGGCAAUGCCUGGGGGACCAUGGAAGGAAAAGCCAGCCUCCCCGGGAGGUGCAGUUUGGCCUGGUGGGAAGGGGGAGAGCUGAGGCUUCUGUCACCAGAGAAGGCCUGCAGGAGCCGCCUUCCCGAGCUGGGCCAUCUCCAUCCUCCUGGCCCAGCUGAGGCGAGGUCCUUAUUCCUCCUCCUCUGGGGAGCCGGGCCAGCCUCAUGCUCUGAGGACUCAGUCCAGCUGAGAACAGGUGCAGGCGCCCCCAUCCAGGAUGUGAAACUGCUUGAGCCUUUGUUUGCCGUGUGUAAAGGUCUGGAAUCCCUGGACAGAUCUGCUUGACUCAGCAGCAUGGAGUGGUAGACUAGAAAGUUGAGGCGGGGGCCCUUCCUGGCUGUAUGACCCCAGCUUCCUCCUCUGAGGAAUGAGAGGAGUGGGCUUGAUGGACUCUUAACCUGUAGUCCUCUGGUCCUCUGUGCAGGUAGCUCCUCCAUCAACAUCACCACCAAAGGGUCCCUCUUAGGAGACAUUCUGUUGUGGCUGAAAAAUGGGUCAGCCUAUAGCUGACCUUCACACGAUGGCAGACCCAUAGUCCAGCAGGGCUCAGAGCCUUUCCAGCCUGUUAGGAGCUGCAGAGCCCAGGGUCACUCCUGCACCAGGAGGCAUUGAGCAAAGGGUCUUCCUGAGUUGGCUCAAUGGGAAAGAACAGGGGACAUCCCUUCCUUGGCCCCACCGGUUUAUGCCUCUUGGUUCCAAAGGGAGCAAUGGGGAGAAGUAAACUCUGUCCCUGCUAAGGUUGAGAGGCAUUUUUACAGGCAUUUAUUAAACACUUGUUGUGUCCCUAGACUCAUAAAGGGGGGGACCAGACCCUGCCCUGUGAGAGCUUACACUCUUCUGAACUAAACUCAAGUUUUUGUAUGAGCUCACGGCCCAAAGGUUUUCUCGAAUAGAAAUGUUCAGAAAAUUGGGGCGGGGUGGGGGGGGGACAGAAAGUAAGAGGUAACCGUGUGUCAACUUCCCAGUCAAAUAUUUUUGUCAUUUUAGCAUCUUUUUCAGUUCCUCUGCCCUUGGCCCCCAUUGAGCUUGAGGACUCCCAUUCUGUCCUGAUGAAUGAUCAUCCUGUUCCUUGAUAUUCAGAUGAUGCUUUGAAAUAGUGUGAUAUCCUGUCUGUUUGCCCAUCAGCAGGGGAACAGAUGGAGCAAGGUGCCUCUUCUCCCUUCCAAUCUGAUAUUUUACUUCCCGAGACUUGGGAUCAUUGAGGGUUUUCCCAGCGUGCUGGAGCCAGGCUUGUGCUUCCUCCUCAGGUCACAGCCCGUCCCUAGGCCCAUAGUCAGGUUUUCCCAGUGGAUAGGACCUUGAAAAGCUGAUCCAGCCCAGGGUCAGUCUCAGCGAUGCCCAUGGGAGAUGACCUUGCUUCAUCAAGGAGGAUCCAUCCCAAGUUUCUACCGCACUCGUUUCCUAUAUUUUGGACCAUUCAUGUAUAUUCAUCUGAGGUUGCGGUUUUAUGGUUGGCUCCCUCUGCAGAUUUUGUCUCCUGUCUAUUCCUGGGGCUCGUAUCUGCUGUUCCAGCAGCUAACCUAGUGCCUGGCACUUAGUAGGUGUUUAGUAAAAAUCCCAGUGACUUGGAGAGCGCUUUCCUAAUGGGAACUCACCAAUCACUUAUUAAACACCCACUUAGAAGCUCAGAAGUGGGUCAGGGACGAGCCUAAAAGGCUCUUGUGAUGCAACUGGUAUCAGCACAGAACAACUGCUCAGAAGGCUGAGAUUCUGGGCCAGCCUUCACCCUACUUUGAACCUGGACCCCCCUCUCAGAAUCAUGUUUUCAAGUGAUCGAAGGAAAUGGGGCAGUGGGUAGAGCACUACUCUAAAUUCGGUCUCUGGCACUAGCUGUGUGACCCUGGGCAAGUCACUUAACCCCAAUCGCCUUCCAAAAACAAAAGGAAGAAAUUGAAGAAAAGGUCAGGUUUCCAUUAAAGGUUAGUUAGUGAAAAUAAAGGUGUCAUUUUGUCCCCAUCCAUGUUUGCAGACCCCCCCUGAUAUCUAUCCACAGACUCCUUGGUGGGGGUUGGGAGUCUGUGGACCCCUGGUUAAGAACUGCUCCAGAACCAGUUCUGUUACCUUACUCACACUGGGACCUUUGGCCAGUCACUUGCUUUCCAUGGGCUUCAAAUGUCCACCCCUGUAAUACAAAGGGGUUGGAUUAGCUCAGCGCUCCUUAACCUUUUGUGUGUGUCUUUCCACCCCUUCCCCAGAAUCAUGUUUUGAAAUGCCUAAAACAAAAUACACAGGAUUGCAAAUGAAACUUUUUACAAUGAAGUAGCUGUCAGAAAACUACGCUCUUAAGUGU